AUGCGGGGUGGGAAGAGUGAAAUACGGAGUACUUCCAAAUUCAAUGUGAAAAAAACGGAAGAAUGUGUUCGAGAUGACAAUGGUGCUAAGUUUGAUCCGCGGUGCAAAUCGUGGCGAUUGAUUGUGCGCAAUUUGCCGUUUAAGACGACACAGGAAGAUCUGCAAACGGUGUUUGGUAAUAUUGGUCCAUUCAGUGAAAUUGUUUUGCCAAAAUGCAAAGAUAAACGGUUCCCAAAUUCAUGUGCUGGUUUUGCUUUUAUUCAGUUUCGAAAACGUCAAGAUGCUAUGAAGUCUAUCGAGAAAUUAAAUAUGUCUGAGAUACUUGGAAGGAAAAUCGCGAUCGACUGGGCUUUGUCAAAAGAUAUCUACGAAACAGCAGUACAUGAAGAUAAACAAGGGAAUCGAAAAGUUAAGGAAGAAAUCAAACAAGAGAUUGAGUCAGACGAUGGCAGUACUGUUGAAAAGGAAGAAAGGGAUGACAGCAGAAUCAAGAAAGAAGUAUUGGACGAAAAUUUAUCUGGUGAGAGUAUUAACGAGGUUGAAAAAAAGGAAAAACAAAAUGGACGAGAAUUCAAGGAGGAUAAAGCAGUAUUGGAAGGACGUGUUGUAUUCAUCAGAAAUUUGUCAUACGAAACAACAGAUAAAACGUUGAAGGAAGUCUUGUCGAAGUUUGGAAACAUUUCAUUGGCAAUUCUUUGUUGCUACACGUGCAGUGAACACCCAAAGGGAACUGCUUUUGUACAUUUCGAAACAGCUGAUGGGGCGGAAAAAUGUCUGUUAGCCAUGGAUCAGGCUCCUGGUAUUUUAAUUGAUGGUCGUCGAAUUUUCGGUCAUAAGGCAUUACCAAGAAGUGAAGCAGCAAAAAUUGAAAAGGAGAAACUAUCAAGAAAGCCAAAAGAUAAACGAAAUCUUUUUCUUCUACGUGCUGGCUUUAUACGACCUGGUACAACUGCUGCAGCGGGUAUGAGUGAAUUAGAUGCCGAUAAGCGUGCACGUUUAGCAGUGGCUGCACGAGAAAAGCUAAAGAACCUUCAUAUGUUUGUCUCUCCGACGCGUUUGGUUGUUCAUAAUUUACCAAAAUCUUUAACUGAUAAAGCCUUUAGAUCGAUGUGUUUCAUUGCAGCUGGCAAUCCAGAUGCAAAAAUAAAUGAAUGUCGGAUUUGGAGAGAUAGAAGCAAAUUAAGUGCAUCUAAAGAAGCCGUAUCUCGAGGUUUUGGCUUCGUCAAUUUUUUGAGCCAUCAGGAUGCAUUAUCAGCUAUGAAACAUUUAAAUAAUAAUCCAGAUAUAUUUACCAAAGAAAAG